AACCAAACGUCUCACUUCCGAAUGUUUAUCCCUGGUCAAACACGCCCUUUUUCUUGGAGACGGAGCGGAUCUGGAACUGUGCGUGUUAAUGGGACCAAGCUACGUUUAAGUCUUAAAACUGAAACAGAGUAGGCUAGUAAAUGCCGUUAGAACGCUGCUUAAGUGAGAACAAAUAACUGGAUUUGAAGCGGAACCUUUUUUUCUUAUGUUGGAACGACUAGGCUAUUGGCCGACUUGUAAAUACUUGCUACCGGGAGUUUGCGCACCCAGCCGUAUGGUGAGGGAAUUCCAGUAGUCGCUGGUUCUCCUGACACCAACUUGGCACUCAGUAAACUGGUGACCCACCGGAGGGCUUGAGAUGACAGCCAACGAAAGAGGCAUCCGCGCGCUCAGGGAGCUUCUGCUAAAGCCCGGGAAUCAGGCCUGCGCUGACUGCGGUGUGCCCGGUCCAGAAUGGGGCUCCUGUUCAUUGGGUGUCUUCAUCUGCCUGGGCUGCUCUGGGAUCCACCGGAACAUUCCGGACAUCGGGAAAGUCAAGUCCCUCACGCUGUCCCGCUGGGAAGACUCGGAAGUGCAGUUCAUGGCAGAGAAUGGAAAUGCAGUGGCCAGGAGCCGCUAUGAGGCAGCGGUGCCGGUGUACUACUACAAACCUACUCACAAAGACUGCCAGGUCUUGAGGGAGCAGUGGAUCAGAGCCAAGUAUGAGAGGAGAGAGUUCAUGGAGGCUGGGAAGAAGCUGACCUACGAGGAGGCAAUCCGGGAUGGCAUGCUGAUGAAGAGGGGGCGGGACAACGGCCAGUUCCUCAGCCGACGAUUCGUUCUCUCUGAGAGGGAAGGAACAAUAAAGUACUACACAAAAUAUGAUGCUAAAGAACCAAAGGCGGUGCUCAAGGUAGACAACAUGAAUGCAUCUUUCCAGCCAGAGAAGAUCGGCAACCCCAACGGCCUGCAGAUCACGUACCUGAAGGACUACAGCACUCGCAAUAUCUUUGUCUACCAUGAGAAUAGCAAGGAGAUAGUUGACUGGUUUAAUUCUAUUCGAGCUGUGCAGCUUCACUACUUAAGUGUGGCCUUCCCUGGAGCCACAGAUGCUGAGCUGAGACCCAAGCUGACCCGGAACUUUCUGAAGGAGGGUUACAUGGAGAAGACAGGCCCCAGGCAAACAGAAGGCUUUAAAAAGCGCUGGUUUACCCUGGACCACAGACGCCUCAUGUACUUCAAAGAUCCACUGGAUGCCUUUGCCAAAGGUGAGGUGUUCCUUGGCAACAAUGAGCUGGGCUACAGCGCCGGCGCCGGCCUGCCCGCCGGGACGCACUGCAACGGCUCCUGGUACUACGGCAUCACCAUAGUGACGCCCGAGCGCAGCUUCCUGUUCACCUGCGAGACGGAGAGCGAGCAGCAGGACUGGCUGACGCACUUCAACAACGUGCUGAGCUCACAGAUGUCCCCGCAGGAGUACAGCAUGGAGGCUCUUUACAAGUACAAGAACUGAUGGAGCUGGACCCCCAUUCCUCCUUUCAUCAGCUGUGUGCAAGACUUGACCCCAGCUCAUCGUUCUUGACCUUUAACACUCAGGGGUCCUGGCAAAGGGUGAACUGUGUAUGAACCAAUCUGGUGUAACACUACUGAAAGCUUUAUUUCAUAUUCAACAGUCCAGGGCUCACUAUACACUAAAGUAUUUUAAGAGUUCUUUGUAUUCCAUUGUAGUCCAUUGUCAUUCGAAAAGGUGUUUUAUACAUUGUACUGUGGUAGAUUUGUAUGUUUUGUCUUAUAAAAUCAUGGCUUGGAACGUAUAGACUCAUGUCUGAAUAACAUUAUCUGUUUCCUUUUUAUUUCUACAUCACAAUUCUUUGUCCUUGGUUGCCACCUAGUGGUGUUUUUUAUGUCCACAACUUCCUGUUUGGUGUCAUUCUGUUGUUGAAUAAAGUAUCCCUUUUUGUUGGAUUAUCCCAUACAAUUUAUGAAUUAUGCCUUUAAUGUGGUUUUGUAUGUAUCUUGUAUGCCAGAACACACCAUCAGUAUAUGUAGAGGAGAGCAUGUCGGUGGGACUCACACAUUCAGUCUUUGUUUAUAAUAAAAGACUAGUUUCUUUUCCAUUU